ACAGGUUCUGGUUCCAUUAGAGCUGAACAGAACCUGGAUCAGCAGAAUAACAGAAGCAGAGUGUUUGUGUUCAAACUGGGAGUCAUGAGUAGAUUUUAUGUCUUCAGACGUCAACAGAUAAACUUUUCUCUGACAGUUUUCAGUCUGACCAGUCAAACCAGUCAAACCAGUGUGGCCUCAUUUCUACUCAGAAUACUUUCUGUUUAAACUCACCUGUUAAGUUGUGGCACCAGUCUGGUUCUGUUGGGUCUCAGUUUGUUGAUCACAUAUUCUUGUUCAAGUCUUUGGAUCGUCUGAACAAACUGUGAAGGUAGAAAGUGUGUGUGAGCUGAUGUGAAUUCAGCAGCAUGGAUCAGUGUGAGGACAGAGAGGAGGGAGUCCCUCCCUCUAAAACCACUCUGUGUGGGGAAGAUGAGCCCCAGAGCAAAGGUCAGAGGAUCCAUCAGAGACUCAAACCAGAACCAGAACCAGAACCCAGCUGUGUGUCCUUUAAGAGUGACAGGUCAAUGGAUCUUCUCAUUAACUUUAAAUCUCCUGGAUCUCCACCAUCAGAGAGGAUCCAUGAGAGACCAGAACCAGAACCAGAACCCAGCUGUGUGUCCUUUAAGAGCGACAGGUCAAAGGGUCUUCUCAUUGGAUUUAAAUCUCCUGGAUCUCCACCAUCAGAGAGGAUCCAUCAGAGACUCAAACCAGAACCAGAACCAGAACCCAGCUGUGUGUCCUUUAAGAGUGACAGGACAAAGGGUGAUCUUAUUGACUUUAAAUCUCCUGGAUCUCCACCAUCAGAGAGGUUCCAUCAGAGUUUCUCACAAGAAGAAGAACCAGAACCCAGCUGUGUGUCCUUUAAAACCAACAAUUCAAUGGAUCAUAAGAUUGACUUUAAAUCUCCUGGACCGCCAUCAUCAGAGAGAGUGGACCAGCAGAGCUCAGAGGUUCCCAGUGGUCUGUCUGCCCAGCAGAAACAAACACAGCUUCAUGCUGUGUUUGACUCCAUAUAUAUGCUGCUGGAGGACAAUAUUGUCACUUUUGUGAAGAAAGAACUGAAGAAGAUCCAGAAAGAUCUGAGUCCAAAUGACCCAGAACAUUCAGAGAGUCAGAGAGAUGAUGAGGGGUUGGAAGGUGAUGAUGAAGAGCAGAGGAGGAGCAACAGAGAGGCAGUGAUGAAGAUCACACUGAACUUCCUGAGGAGGAUGAAGCAGGAAAAGCUGGCUGACCGUCUGCAGAGCAGAUAUUUUGCUCCAGUUUGUCAACAUCAACUUAAAUCUGGUCUGAAGAAGAAGUUCCAGUCUGUGUUUGAGGGGAUUGCUAAAGCAGGAAGUCCAACCCUUCUGAACCAGAUCUACACAGAGCUCUACAUCACAGAGGGAGGGACGGGAGAGGUCAAUGAUGAACAUGAGGUCAGACAGAUUGAAACAGCAUCCAGGAAACCACACAGACCAGAAACAACAAUCAGACAAGAAGACAUCUUUAAAGUCCCACCUGGAAGAGAUCAACCAAUCAGAACAGUGAUGACAAAGGGAGUGGCUGGCAUUGGGAAAACAGUCCUAACACAGAAGUUCACUCUGGACUGGGCUGAAGACAAAGCCCACCAGAACAUCCAGUUCAUAUUUCCAUUCACUUUCAGAGAGCUGAAUGUGCUGAAAGAGAAAAAGUUCAGUUUGGUGGAACUUGUUCAUCAUUUCUUUAGUGAAACCAAAGAAAUCUGCAGCUUUGAACACUUCCAGGUUCUGUUCAUCUUUGAUGGUCUGGAUGAGAGUCGACUUCCUCUGGACUUCCACAACAAGGAGAUCUUGACUGAUGCUACAGAGUCCACCUCAGUGGACGUUCUGCUGACAAACCUCAUCAGGGGGAAACUGCUUCCCUCUGCUCGCCUCUGGAUAACCACACGACCUGCAGCAGCCAAUCAGAUCCCUCCUCAGUGUGUUGGUAUGGUAACAGAGGUCAGAGGGUUCAAUGACCCACAGAAAGAGGAGUACUUCAGGAAGAGAUUCAGAGAUAAGCAGCAGGCCAGCAGGAUCAUCUCCCACAUGAAGACAUCACGAAGCCUCCAUAUCAUGUGCCACAUCCCAGUCUUCUGCUGGAUCACUGCUACAGUUCUGGAGGAUGUGUUGGAGACCAGAGAGGGAGGAGAGCUGCCCAGAACCCUGACUGAGAUGUACAUCCACUUCCUGGUAGUUCAGACCAAAGUGAAGAAGGUCAAGUAUGAUGGAGGAGCUGAAACAGAUCCACACUGGAGUCCAGAGAGCAGAAAGAUGAUUGAGUCUCUGGGAAAACUGGCUUUUGAUCAGCUGCAGAAAGGAAACCUGAUCUUCUAUGAAUCAGACCUGACAGAGUGUGGCAUCAAUAUCAGAGCAGCCUCAGUGUACUCAGGAGUGUUCACACAGAUCUUUAAAGAGGAGAGAGGUCUGUACCAGGACAAGGUGUUCUGCUUCGUCCAUCUGAGUGUUCAGGAGUUUCUGGCUGCUCAUCAUGUUCAUCUGACCUUUAUCAACUCUGGGGUCAACCUGCUGGAAGACAAUAUUGUCACUUUUGUGAAGAAAGAACUGAAGAAGAUUCAGAAAGAUCUGAGUCCAGAUUACCCAGAACAUUCAGAGAGUCAGAGAGAUGAUGAGGUGUUGGAAGGUGAUGAUGAAGAGCAGAGGAGGAGCAGCAGAGAGGCAGUGAUGAAGAUCACACUGAACUUCCUGAGGAGGAUGAAGCAAGAGGAGCUGGCUGACCAUCUGCAGAGCAAUCAUCUUGCUGCAGUUUGUCAACAUCAACUUAAAUCUGGUCAGAAGAAAAAGUUUCAGUCUGUGUUUGAGGGGAUUGCUAAAGCAGGAAGUCCAACCCUUCUGAACCAGAUCUACACAGAGCUCUACAUAACAGAGGGAGGGACUGGAGAGGUCAAUGAUGAACAUGAGGUCAGACAGAUUGAAACAGCAUCCAGGAAACCACACAGACCAGAAACAAUAAUCAGACAUGAAGACAUCUUUAAAGUCCCACCUGGAAGAGAUCAACCAAUCAGAACAGUGAUGACUAAGGGAGUGGCUGGCAUUGGGAAAACAGUCUUAACACAGAAGUUCACUCUGGACUGGGCUGAAGGUAAAACACACCAGAACAUCCAGUUCAUAUUUCCAUUCACCUUCAGAGAGCUGAAUGUGCUGAAAGAGAAAAAGUUCAACUUGGUGGAACUUGUUCAUCACUUCUUUAGUGAAACCAAAGAAAUCUGCAGCUUUGAACACUUCCAGGUUCUGUUCAUCUUUGAUGGCCUGGAUGAGAGUCGACUUCCUCUGGACUUCCACAACAAGGAGAUCCUGACUGAUGCUACAGAGUCCACCUCAGUGGACGUUCUGCUGACAAACCUCAUCAGGGGGAAACUGCUUCCCUCUGCUCUCCUCUGGAUAACCACACGACCUGCAGCAGCCAAUCAGAUUCCUCCUCAGUGUGUUGACAUGGUAACAGAGGUCAGAGGGUUCAAUGACCCACAGAAGGAGGAGUACUUCAGGAAGAGAUUCAGAAAUGAGGAGCAGGCCAGCAGGAUCAUCUCCCACAUAAAGACAUCACGAAGCCUCCAGAUCAUGUGCCACAUCCCAGUCUUCUGCUGGAUCACUGCUACAGUUCUGGAGGCUGUGUUGGAGAUCAGAGAGGGAGGAGAGCUGCCCAGAACCCUGACUGAGAUGUACAUCCACUUCCUGGUGGUUCAGACCAAAGUGAAGAUGGUCAAGUAUGAUGAAGGAGCUGAAACAGAUCCACACUGGAGUCCAGAGAGCAGGAAGAUGAUUGAGUCUCUGGGAAAACUGGCUUUUGAUCAGCUGCAGAAAGGAAACAUGAUCUUCUAUGAAUCAGACCUGACAGAGUGUGGCAUCAAUAUCAGAGCAGCCUCAAUGUACUCAGGAGUGUUCACACAGAUCUUUAAAGAGGAGAGAGGUCUGUACCAGGACAAGGUGUUCUGCUUCAUCCAUCUCAGUGUUCAGGAGUUUCUGGCUGCUCUUUAUGUUCAUCUGGCCUUCAUCAACUCUGGGGUCAACCUGAUUGAUGAAGUGCAAACGUCUAAAAAUUCUUUAUUAAUUAAUAAACCUAAACUAAAGGUUCUCCAUCAGAGAGCUGUUGACCAGGCCUUACAGAGUCCAAAUGGACACCUGGACUUGUUCCUCCGCUUCCUCCUGGGACUUUCACUACAGACCAAUCAGAGACUCUUACUUGGUCUACUGACGGAGAUGCGUAGUCGUUCACAGACCAAUCAGGAAACGGUUCAGUACAUCAAGGAGAAGAUAAGUGAGAAUGUGUCUGCAGAGAAAAGCAUCAAUCUGUUUCACUGUCUGAAUGAACUGAAUGAUCGUUCUCUAGUGGAGGAGAUCCAACAGUCUCUGAGUUCAGGAAGUCUCUCCACAGAGAAACUGUCUCCUGCUCAGUGGUCAGCUCUGGGUUUCAUCUUAGUGUCAUCAAGAAAAGAUCUGGAUGUGUUUGAUCUGAAGAAAUACUCUGCUUCAGAGGAGGUUCUACUGAGGCUGCUGCCAGUGGUUAAAGCCUCCAACAAAGCUCUACUGAGUGGCUGUAACCUCUCAGAGAGAAGCUGUGAAGCUCUGUCCUCAGUUCUCAGCUCCCAGUCCUCCAGUCUCAGAGAACUGGACCUGAGUAACAACAACCUGCAGGAUUCAGGAGUGAAGCUUCUCUCUGCUGGACUGAAGAGUCCAAACUGCAACCUGGAAACUCUCAGCUUAUCAGGCUGUUUGGUCUCAGAGGAAGGCUGUGCUUCUCUGGCCUCAGCUCUGACCUCCAACCCCUCCCAUCUGAAAGAGUUGGGCCUGAGCUACAAUCAUCCAGGAGACUCAGGAGUGAAGCUGCUGUCGGCUGGACUGAAGGAUCCACACUGGAGACUGGAAGCUCUCAGACUGAGUGACUGUAACCUCUCAGAGAGAAGCUGUGAAGCUCUGUCCUCAGUUCUCAGCUCCCAGUCCUCCAGUCUCAGAGAACUGGACCUGAGUAACAACAACCUCCAGGAUUCAGGAGUGAAGCUUCUCUCUGCUGGACUGAAGAGUCCAAACUGCAUCCUGGAAACUCUCAGCUUAUCAGGCUGUUUGGUCUCAGAGGAAGGCUGUGCUUCUCUGACCUCAGCUCUGACCUCCAACCCCUCCCAUCUGAAAGAGUUGGACCUGAGCUACAAUCAUCCAGGAGACUCAGGAGUGAAGCUGCUGUCGGCUGGACUGAAGGAUCCACACUGGAGACUGGAAGUUCUCAGACUGAGUGGCUGUAACCUCUCAGAGAGAAGCUGUGAAGCUCUGUCCUCCGUUCUCAGCUCCCAGUCCUCCAGUCUCAGAGAACUGGACCUGAGUAACAACAACCUGCAGGAUUCAGGAGUGAAGCUUCUCUCUGCUGGACUGGAGAGUCCAAACUGCAACCUGGAAACUCUCAGAUUGAGUUACUGUAACCUCUCAGAGAGAAGCUGUGAAGCUCUGUCCUCAGUUCUCAGCUCCCAGUCCUCCAGUCUCAGAGAACUGGACCUGAGUAACAACAACCUGCAGGAUUCAGGAGUGAAGCUUCUCUCUGCUGGACUGAAGAGUCCAAACUGCAACCUGGAAACUCUCAGACUGAGUGACUGUAACCUCUCAGAGAGAAGCUGUGAAGCUCUGUCCUCAGUUCUCAGCUCCCAGUCCUCCAGUCUCAGAGAACUGGACCUGAGUAACAACAACCUGCAGGAUUCAGGAGUGAAGCUUCUCUCUGCUGGACUGAAGAGUCCAAACUGCAACCUGGAAAUUCUCAGCUUAUCAGGCUGUUUGGUCUCAGAGGAAGGCUGUGCUUCUCUGGCCUUAGCUCUGACCUCCAACCCCUCCCAUCUGAAAGAGUUGGACCUGAGCUACAAUCAUCCAGGAGACUCAGGAGUGAAGCUGCUGUCGGCUGGACUGAAGGAUCCACACUGGAGACUGGAAGCUCUCAGACUGAGUGGCUGUAACCUCUCAGAGAGAAGCUGUGAAGCUCUGUCCUCAGUUCUCAGCUCCCAGUCCUCCAGUCUCAGAGAACUGGACCUGAGUAACAACAACCUGCAGGAUUCAGGAGUGAAGCUUCUCUCUGCUGGACUGAAGAGUCCAAACUGCAAUCUGGAAACUCUCAGACUGAGUGGCUGUAACCUCUCAGAGAGAAGCUGUGAAGCUCUGUCCUCAGUUCUCAGCUCCCAGUCCUCCAGUCUCAGAGAACUGGACCUGAGUAACAACAACCUGCAGGAUUCAGGAGUGAAGCUUCUCUCUGCUGGACUGAAGAGUCCAAACUGCAACCUGGAAACUCUCAGCUUAUCAGGCUGUUUGGUCUCAGAGGAAGGCUGUGCUUCUCUGGCAUUAGCUCUGACCUCCAACCCCUCCCAUCUGAAAGAGUUGGACCUGAGCUACAAUCAUCCAGGAGACUCAGGAGUGAAGCUGCUGUCGGCUGGACUGAAGGAACCAGACUGGAGACUGGAAGCUCUCAGACUUAGUGUCUGUAACCUCUCAGACAGAAGCUGUGAAGCUCUGUCCUCAGUUCUCAGCUCCCAGUCCUCCAGUCUCAGAGAACUGGACCUGAGUAACAACAACCUGCAGGAUUCAGGAGUGAAGCUUCUCUCUGCUGGACUGAAGAGUCCAAACUGCAACCUGGAAACUCUCAGAUUAUCAGGCUGUUUGGUCUCAGAGGAAGGCUGUGCUUCUCUGGCCUCAGCUCUGACCUCCAACCCCUCCCAUCUGAAAGAGUUGGACCUGAGCUACAAUCAUCCAGGAGACUCAGGAGUGAAACUGCUGUGGGCUGGACUGAAGGAUCCAGACUGGAGACUGGAAGCUCUCAGACUGAGUGGCUGUAACCUCUCAGAGAGAAGCUGUGAAGCUCUGUCCUCAGUUCUCAGCUCCCAGUCCUCCAGUCUCAGACGACUGGACCUGAGUAACAACAACCUGCAGGAUUCAGGAGUGAAGCUUCUCUCUGCUGGACUGAAGGGUCCAAACUGCAACCUGGAAACUCUCAGACUGAGUGACUGUAACCUCUCAGAGAGAAGCUGUGAAGCUCUGUCCUCAGUUCUCAGCUCCCAGUCCUCCAGUCUCAGAGAACUGGACCUGAGUAACAACAACCUGCAGGAUUCAGGAGUGAAGCUUCUCUCUGCUGGACUGAAGAGUCCAAACUGCAACCUGGAAACUCUCAGACUGAGUGUCUGUAACCUCUCAGAGAGAAGCUGUGAAGCUCUGUCCUCAGUUCUCAGCUCCCAGUCCUCCAGUCUCAGAGAACUGGACCUGAGUAUCAACAACCUGCAGGAUUCAGGAGUGAAGCUUCUCUCUGCUGGACUGAAGAGUCCAAACUGCAACCUGGAAACUCUCAACUUAUCAGGCUGUUUGAUCUCAAAGAAAGGCUGUGCUUUUCUGGCCUCAGCUCUGACCUCCAACCCCUCCCAUCUGAAAGAGUUGGACCUGAGCUACAAUCAUCCAGGAGGAUCAGGAGUGAAGUUGCUGUCGGCUGGACUGAUGGAUCCAUACUGGAGACUGGAAGCUCUCAGGGUGGAGCCUGCUGGAGUCCUAUUCUUGACACCAGGUCUGAGGAAGUAUUCCUGUCAACUCACCAUCGACACAAACACAGUGAGCAGAAAACUCAAACUGUCUGAAGACAUCAGGAAGGUGACAUAUGUGAAGGAGCUUCAGUCAUAUCCUGAUCAUCCAGAUAGAUUUGAUGUUUGGCCUCAGCUGCUGUGUAGAACUGGUCUGACUGGUCGCUGUUACUGGGAGGUCGAGUGGAGAGGAAGAGUUGAUAUAUCAGUGAGUUACAGAAGAAUCAGGAGGAAAGGAGACUGUAGAGACUGUUGGUUUGGAUAUAAUGAUCAUUCCUGGAGUCUGAGAUGCUGUGAUCGUCUUGGUUACUCUGUCUGUCACAAUAACAUAGAAACUCGUCUCUCCUCCUCCUCUGUCUCUAACAGAGUAGCAGUGUAUGUGGACUGUCCUGCUGGCAUUCUGUCCUUCUACAGAGUUUCCUCUGACUCACUGAUCCUCCUCCACACCUUCAACACCACAUUCACUGAACCUCUGGUUCCUGGUUUUGGGUUCUCGUGGCUCAGGUCCGGUUCCUCAGUGUUUCUGUGCUAAAUUGAGUCUAAAGAGUCUAAAGAUUUUCCUCCUGUCAGAGAAACUCUCUCACUGUUGAACAGAUAGUUCAGUCUCUACAAUCUAUUUCUUGAUGAAACAAUUCUGAUUGAAUCCUUUGA